AAGGGCUUACAAUGAAAAUGAAAGUGGUGUCGGUAAUAAAGGGCGGCUCGGGAAGCGGCGUGCUUCUUUGCUGCGAGGGUUCAGGGAGUGAGAGUGCGUGUGUGAGACCAGCGCCCGCUUCUCCUCGCCCUGCACCUCCUCGCUACUUUUAUGAAGUUCAGCAACUUCCCUCUGCCCUGUACUAUGGCUGCCACGGUUGGGGACUUCUCCCCUGAAAUUGAAACGGACGAUUCCAGCCAGAAUUCCGAGAAGGAUUAUGAGGGCUACGACAAGAAGCUGAGGCGAAGAGAGAAGAACAGAAUUGCUGCACAGAAAAGCCGGCAGAAGCAGACGCAACGGGCGGACAUUUUACACCAGGAGUAUGAGCAACUGGAAAGGGAGAACGCCUUGCUGAGGAAAGAAAUCCAGACCUUGCGAGACGAACUGAAGCAGUGGACGCAGGUGGUUCAGCAGCACGAGCCGCACUGCGCCGUGCUGCCCGCCACCGGCUCCGCCCUGGCCGGCAAGUCGCAGGUGGACUUCACGGACUUCCUCCCCAACAACUGGCGGGACACGGAGCUGCUGAAAUUCUAGGCCGCCAGACACCGAGGGGGACCACCGCGAACUCCCGACGGGGAGUAUUCCGACCGUGGGCCCACUGCCAUUCGACCUGGGCCAUGCACCUUCCUCGGGCCUCUCGUUUGCGUUCUUACUUUAAGUUUAAGAACGCUGAAGCUGAGAUGCCCAAGGCUGCAGGAUGACGGGAGUCGGGUCUCAGAAUGCUUGGAGGCAUUUUGCGGUCGAUGACCCACAGCGAGGGAUGGAGGCUGCUCGGAGACCUCAAGUGCUGUCAACCCAGCCCCGAUGCUUGUCUGUGACAUCUCUAAGGCUCUUCGGUGGUAUUCUGUGGCAGGAGGAGACGACAGUGUGGAAUAUGUGCCUGUGAAACAGAGGGAAAGUGUGUGUACGCGGUUGUGCGUGUGUGUGUACGCGGUUGUGUGUGUGUGUGUGUGUGUGUGUGUGCAUGCGCGCACACUAUAGCAUGCAGAAUUUGUCACUGAUAGUGAGCAAAAAGUGACCAAUACCAUCACUUGAUAUUUACCUGUACCAUUGGCUGUCCAGUCCUCGCCCACCCCGAGGGAGUUGAACCUUGCCCAUGUUCAAUAUACCCUGCAUCUUCUUUUUCCAGACAGCCGCUUUCUGGUGCCUGUAUCAUUGAUGGCUGGGUGACUCCAUCUGGCAAUACGCCCUACAUAAAUAGUGGCCGUGCACUAAGGGAGCACUAAGGGCUGGUUAGUGCGACAGGGACAUCGGAGUUCAGAUCCAGUUCUGGUGCCGUCUGUAAGGAUGUUAGAGGCAAGUUGAUUACACAGAGUGGUGGGUGUGUGGAACGUCCUGCCAGGGGUGGUGUAGAGACAGAUACAUUAGGGACAUUUAAGGUGAUCGGGGGUAAGUGGUGGGUGUGUGGAACGUCCUGCCAGGGGUGGUGUAGGGACAGAUACAUUAGGGACAUUUAAGGUGAUGGGAGGUAAGAGGUGGGUGUGUGGGACGUCCUGCCAGGGGUGGUGUAGAGACAGAUACAUUCGGGACAUUUAAGGUGAUCGGGGGUAAGUGGUGGGUGUGUGGGACGUCCUGCCAGGGGUGGUGUCGAGACAGAUACAUUAGGGACAUUUAAAGUGAUCGGAGGUAAGUGGUGGGUGUGAACGUCCUGCCAGGGGUGGUGUAGAGACAGGUACAUUAGGGACAUUUAAGGUGAUGGGAGGUAAGUGGUGGGUGUGUGGGACGUCCUGCCAGGGGUGGUGUAGAGACAGAUACAUUAGGGACAUUUAAAGUGAUCGGAGGUAAGUGGUGGGUGUGUGGAACGUCCUGCCAGGGGUGGUGUAGAGACAGAUACAUUCGGGACAUUUAAGGUGAUCGGGGGUAAGUGGUGGGUGCGUGGGAUGUCCUGCCGGGGUGGUGUAGAGACAGAUACAUUAGGGACAU